AGAAUCCUGUCCUAUGGAGCUCGGCAUGGCGGAAUCUUCGCCAUGAUAGCCGGCCUGAUCUGUGCCAUGGGCUCGGGAGUCGCACUCCCAUUGAUGAAUAUCGUCUUUGGGCAACUCGUCGGCGACUUCAACGAUUAUUUCAUUCCCGGAAAGGAAAUGAGCGAGGACACUUUCAAGUCUACGGUCAACAAAAACAGUCUCUACAUCUUGUACCUGUUCAUCGGGAAGUUUGUCUUGACUUACAUCGCCAUGUUUUGCUUCCGGUUGAUCAGUCUCCAGGCUUCGGCUACCCUGCGCUUGGAAUACACCACCUCUCUCUUUUCGCAGCCCCUGAGCGCCCUGGAUGAGAUCUCCUCCGGCACCGUUACACACGCCAUCACGUCGCUGUCCAACCAGAUUCAGCAGAGUAUCUCGGACAAACUUGCCACACUGUUCCAAGCGAUAGCCCUUCUUAUCGCAGCCUACGCUAUUGCCUUUCGCUAUUCAUGGGCUCUGACCCUCGUGGUCAGCUCGGCGAUUCUGUUUGUCGUCAUCGGGUUCAGUAUCACCGUGCCGUUUAUCAUCAAGGCACAGGCUCAUGUGGAUCAGGCGGAUGCAAAGCAUGCCUCCAUUGCCGCCGACGUGCUGAGCUCGAUUCGGACCGUACUAUCUCUGAGUGCCGAGAGACCGCUUUCUGCAAAAUAUUCCUCCUGGAUCGCCGAGGCACGGAAACGGGGAAAACGCCUGACUUUGGUCUCCGGUAUUCACCUGGGAUUGUUAAUGCUGGCGUUGUAUUCUAGCUACGCUCUCGCCUUCUGGUUUGGCCUGAAGUUGUUCCGAGAAGGCCAUAUUGAUAACAUCAAUACGGUGAUCACUGUUUUCUUUUCGGUUCUGAUCGUGGUGUCAAUCAUCGGAAAUAUCGCAAGCCCGAUCAUGGUUAUUGGGAAAGCCACGAGUGCCUCCGGUCCGUUCUUUGACAUGAUCGACGCCCAGCCGCCAUCCACUGCGGGACGGCGAGACCCGGAAGUCUCCAGCCACGCAGAUAUCGUCUUUCGCGACGUGACCUUCGCCUAUCCAACACGUCCCGGAGUCCAGGUUCUGAAGGACUUUUCUGCACGCUUUGAACGUGGCAAGACUACGGCGCUGGUGGGCCCGUCGGGUUCCGGAAAAAGCACGGUGGUUGGUUUGAUCGAGAGAUGGUACCAGGUUCAGAAGGAGACCGCUACCGAGAAAGACGGCAGUUGCGGCGAGAUUGAGGUUGAUGGCCACAAUUUGAAUGAUCUGGAUCUCCGGUGGUGGAGAAGCGAGAUCGGACUGGUCCAGCAGGAACCGUUCCUUUUCAACGACACGGUCUUGAACAACGUCGCGUUGGGAUUAAUCGGUUCCCGCUGGGAGAACGCCGAGGAAGGCGUGAAGAAAGAUCUGAUUACUCAAGCCUGUAUUGAAGUCUUCGCGGAUGAAUUCAUUCAGCGACUGCCUUUGGGAUAUGAAACGCUAGUCGGCGAGGGGGGUAUCACCCUGAGUGGUGGCCAACGUCAGCGUCUCGCCAUCGCUCGCAGUAUCGUCAGCCAACCUCCUAUCCUGAUCCUCGAUGAAGCGACCAGCUCUAUUGAUGUUCGCGGGGAAAAGAUCGUGCAGGCAGCCCUGGACCGGGUCUCGAAAGAUCGCACCACGAUCAUGAUAGCCCAUCGCUUGUCGACCGUGAGACGGGCGGAUCGAAUUAUUGUUAUGAAAGAUGGGACAAAGAUGGAGGAAGGGACCCACCAGGACCUACUUGCCCAUGAUGGCGUUUAUAGCGGCUUGGUUCACGCGCAGCAGCUGGGUACACUGUCGCUCGACUCAGACGAGCAAGAAGAAUUGCCUACAACGCUGACAUCCAACCUCAAAACAACCGGCUUGGUCGGCCUGACCGAGAAGGAAACUGCAGAGAAUCAACAUCCCGAGAAAAAGCAGAAGAUGAAAGGACUCAGGAGCUUCCUGAAAGUUGGGUCGGAGCAGCGCGCCUCUUGGCCGCUAUUUGUUUUGAUUUUGAUUGCGGCAAUGGCAGCAGGAUCUGGUUUUGCGCUGCAAAGUUGGCUUUUUGCACGCCUCAUUGAAGUCUUUCAAUUCACGGGACAGAAACUAGUCGAUGCUGCGAACUUUUGGGCCUUGAUGUUUUUCAUCCUGGCCCUGGCCAUGUCGGGAUUUUACUUUAUCCUCGGAGUAGGAGCAAACUCCACCUCAGUGAACAUUGCGUCUGUAUACCGCACAGAGUAUUUUGUCAAUAUGCUUGCCAAACCUGUUUCAUGGUAUGACAGCGAUGAAAACGCGUCGGGCUCUUUAAUAUCCCGCCUUUCCACAGACCCUAAACAACUACAGGAGCUGUUUGGCGUCAAUGGCGUCUUCCCGCUGGUAUCGAUCUUCAAUGUCAUAGGGUGCAUAGCUGUCUCCUUCACCUUUGGGCCCAAACUGGCGGCUGUGGCCUUUUUUGCCGCCCUGCCUUUUCUAUUCAUGGCCGCGUACUCGCGAAUUCGCUAUGAAAUGAAGUUUGAAGAACUGAAUGCUGCUGUCUAUGAGGAUAGCUCUCGUUUCGCGACUGAGGCCGUCCGUGCUUUCCGGACAGUUAGCGCACUGACUAUGGAAGAAUCUAUCAUCAAGCGGUAUUCCGACAUGCUCAAUGUACAGCGACGGAAGGCGAUGCGAAAAGCGACCUACUCCACCCUGAUCUUCGCGUUUUCCGAGAGCGUAGAGCUGGCCGUUAUGGCGCUGACAUUUUGGUACGGUGGCCAAUUACUCGCGUCUCGGGAGUACGAUAUGGUGUCCUUCUUUGUUGUUUAUAUCGCCAUCAUUCAAGGUGGCCAAACCGCCGGUCAAUUCUUCAGUUUUGGGCCCAACAUGGCGCAGGCAUCGGCCUCGGCGAACCGCAUUCUGGGCUCCCGGGCGCCGGUUCCCAGCGAGGCCGAACUCUCCAAGGAACCUUUGUCAUUAACGAAGGAGAACUCUCGCGCCGAUAUCCAAUUCAAAAACGUGUCAUUUCGAUACCCGUCGCGAGAUACGCCAACGUUCAUGGAUCUCAACUUGAGCAUCGAAUCAGGCCAGUUUGUGGCCUUUGUCGGGCCCUCCGGGUGCGGGAAGUCCACGAUGAUUUCUUUGCUCGAACGGUUUUACGACGCAACCCGCGGGAAGGUUGAAUUCGGGGGGCGAGACGUUUGCGAGAUCGAACUUUCCUCCUACCGAAUGUCCCUUUCCUUGGUCAGCCAAGAGCCGAAACUCUUUGACGGCACAAUCCGUGACAACCUCAUUCUCGGCCUCGAUCGCCCCGAGGGAACGAUUGAGUCGGAUAUGAUUCAAGCCUGUCAAGACGCCGAAAUCCAUGAUUUCAUUAUCUCUCUUCCGGACGGAUAUUCAACGGAACUGGGCGUCAACGCCCAAACGGCCCUCAGCGGCGGGCAAAAGCAACGACUUUGUAUUGCUCGCGCCCUGAUGCGCAAGCCCUUGCUCCUUCUGCUCGACGAAGCUACCUCCAGUCUGGAUUCGCAGUCCGAGCGAUUAGUGCAGAAUGCGAUGGAGCGGUUGGCGGGCAAACGCAGCAUGACGAUCAUUGCCGUGGCUCAUCGGCUGGCAACGAUCCAGAAUGCGGAUGUGAUAUUUGUCUUUGGCGAGGAAGAGACUGGCAAGGGGUCGCGCAUUGUUGAGAGAGGAACUCAUGCGGACCUUCUGCGUCAGAAAGGCGCAUAUUGGCAGAUGGUAAGAACUAAUCUUUUCCAUCUUUUACUCCGAUGA